AUACAUUCAUCAUAAAUCGAAGUUUAAUCUUAGUAAAAAAUUAUAAUGAAGACUAUAGCAGCAAUAAGUUUGUUGUGUGUGAAUUUAAUUAUUUAUGUUAAUUCUUUUCCAAUUGAAGAAUCAACAAUACCACAAAAGUGGAUAGAGUAUAAAGAAUUGUUUGAUCAGAUAGAUGCCAACGACUUGAAUAAUUUUAAUGAUUUAUCUUGGGUGAACAAAGACGAAAACGAUUCAGUAUUGUUUAAUUUACAAAACGAUGAGCCAUUUGCAAUAAAAGAUCAUGUUGGUUUAUAUUUAUUUGUGAAGAAAAAUCCAGAUACAGCUUAUUUAUUAAAUUUAGAGAAUAGUAAAGAAGCGCCAAUUAACGUUAAUCACCCAACUAAAAUAUUAAUCCAUGGAUGGUUGUCUGAAGGGAAUAACACUUACUCAAUUGCCGCCAAAAAUUCAUUCUUUAAGACUGGUGAUUAUAAUGUAAUUAUUGUUGAUUAUAAAAAAUAUGCAUUUUUGGAUUAUCCUACUGCCUGCGUUAAAGCACGUAAAGUGGGUGCUUAUAUAGGACAAGUACUUGUAUCUUUAUACGAACACAAUAAAAUCCAUCUAGACGAUAUCCACCUUUUUGGAGUAUCAUUAGGCGGACAUGUCAGUGGAUUUGUUGGAAAAACUGUGAAAGAACAAUCUGGUGGAAAAGUUGGUCGUAUAACUGGACUUGAUCCUGCUGGACCCAUAUUUGAAAUACCAGUUUUACUUGAAGAUAAAAAAAGAUUACACAAAGAUGAUGCUUUGUUUACUGAUAUUAUUCACACUGGAGGUGGAAGCCUAGGUUUCCGUAAAGCUCUUGGACAUGCUGAUUUUUUCCCAAAUAGUGGAUUACCCAUUCAACCUGGGUGUGGCAGAGAAAUAUUCCCAUUUGGCUGUAGUCAUACAAUGGCAUGUAUAUUAUUCCAUGAAUCUAUACAUUCGGAUAAAUUUCUUGCAACGCCAUGUUCGUCUUGGAAAAAUUUUAAAGCAGGAAAAUGUGAUGGAUCAGAACGUGUAUCAAUGGGACAUCAUUUAGAUGUAACAAAAGCGAGAGGAAACUAUUAUUUAUAUACAAAUGAAAUAUCACCUCAUGCCUUAGGUUAAAAUUUAGUAUUUAAAUUAAGGUUAAGAA